GGCGAUAUCUGUAAAAGACGACACACCGAGAAAGAAACAGACUCGCGUAUUUGUGUUUGUGUUUGUGUUUGUGUUUGUGUUUCGUGUUUUCCCCUUCCUUUAUCUAUCCUCUCGCCAGUCGGGGUGGUUUGGGUUCAUCUCUUGUGGACUCUCUCAGCUCUCGCCCUAGCCCCCCCCGCCCCCUUUCUCCCUCUCUCAUCGCCGCCGCCGCCGCCAAUCGUCUGUCAGAUUUUCAGAUCACAAUCUCACAGAUCCAAGCCCUAUCUCCCCGUCGGUUCUCGCUCUUCUUCCUCCGGAUUCUAGGGUUUGCAGCUGGCUUAGAGUGAGGUGUCGAGGCAUCCGGCGGAAAAGUAAUAUUAUAUACAUGCCAACUGGACAAUGGCGGUUGAGGCUUGCAUGAAUUCUAAAAUGAUGGAUGAUAUGGAUGAUGAUGAUAAACCCUUAGUUUUUAAGCGCAGUAGCACUGCAUCAAGACCAAAUCAAUUGAACUCAGAAGCAAAGAAGCCAGCAUCUCAGAGGCGUGAUGGACAGUCUGGGAAACAGGUCUCUGAAGUACGCUCUCCCAAUGUUCAAAACUCCAUUUCACAGAAGGGUAAGGUUGUUCCGUCCAUCAAGGUAUCACAGGUAAAAUCUCCUGCAGCAAGCCCAAAAGCGUCAACUUCUUCUGCCAAGGCAUCAGCAGUCAAAUUGCCUUCACCUAGCCCAAAGCCCUCAACUUCACCUGUGAAUUUGCCCACGGCAAAUUCUAAAGUGUCAACUUCAGCAGCUGAUCAGUUAAAACAUUCAUCACAACCAAAUACAAAAUCUGUUAAGCAGGAGAAACAGUUGAUGAAAUCUGCUGGUGAACCUCAUAGUGAUUCUGAAGAUUCAGAAGAUGAUAAACCAUUGAGUGCUAGGCUCCCAGCUAGGGUGUCAAAGGGUAAUGCCAAUCAUGGCAACAGAGGGCGAAAUACUUCUAGCUUGGGUUCACAACUGCUUCAAAAACCAAGAAUCAAAGAUGAAGACUCAGAUGAUGAAAUUCCUUUGUCCUCAAAGUUCCAAUUUAAGCCAAAUGCAGGACCAUCUACCUCAAGAUCCUCUGAGUUUGAUGGAAAAAAACCAGUUUUAUCGAAACUUCAACAAAAUGGCUCCUCAACAAAAGAGGGCCAACUUAAAAAAUCUGCUACUGGAUUGAAUAAGAGACCUCUUGUUGAAGCCAAAUCCUCAAGUCAAUCUUCAGUUAAAAGACCAAAGCUUGAAGGUGGAUUGUCUUCUCCAAUUACUGGAAAGCAAGUAUCUGUAAAAGAAGAACAAAAACACUAUGAUGACGAUGAUGAUCAUGUUCCCAUUUCCCAGAGAUUGAAGAAGCCAAGUACAUCAGCUAAUAAACCAUUGCCUGCAAAACAGAAAGUAACAAAAGUUGUAACGUCUUCAUUCAAAAAAUCAAGCAAGAAGUCCCAGAAAGUGAUGAAAAAAUCAAAAUACUCGAAGUCACUAAAGGUGCCCCCUGGCUCUGGUGAAGGGCAGAAAUGGACUACCUUGGUUCACAAUGGUGUCAUUUUCCCACCUCCAUACAAGCCUCAUGGGGUUAAGAUGCUCUAUAAGGGGAAGCCAGUUGAUUUGACUUCUGAACAAGAAGAGGUUGCAACGAUGUUUGCAGUGAUGUUAGAUACUGAUUAUAUGAACAAAGCUAAAUUCAAAGAGAAUUUCUUUAAUGACUGGAGAAAGAUACUUGGUAAAAACCAUGUAAUUCAGAGGCUGGACGAUUGCGAUUUCACCCCAAUCUAUGAGUGGCACCAGAGAGAAAAGGAUAAGAAGAAGCAGAUGAGUUCAGAAGAGAAGAAGACCUUGAAAGAAGAGAAACUGAAACAAGAAGAGAAAUACAUGUGGGCCAUUGUUGAUGGUGUCAAAGAGAAGGUUGGAAACUUCAGAGUUGAACCGCCUGGGUUGUUUCGUGGCCGUGGAGAGCACCCAAAGAUGGGUAAGCUGAAAAACCGAAUUCGGCCUAGUGACAUUACAAUAAAUAUUGGAAAGGAUGCUCCAAUUCCAGAAUGCCCUAUCCCUGGCGAAAGCUGGAAGGAAAUAAGGAAUGAUAAUACCGUCACAUGGCUAGCUUAUUGGAAUGACCCAAUUAAUCCAAAGGAAUUCAAAUAUGUGUUCUUGGCUGCUAGCAGUUCCUUGAAAGGACAAAGUGACAAGGAGAAAUAUGAGAAAGCAAGGCUAUUGAAGGACUACAUACAAGGCAUCAGAGCAGCUUACACCAAAGAUUUUACCAAUAAGGAUAUAACAAAACGUCAAAUAGCUGUUGCUACCUAUCUUAUUGAUAAACUGGCUCUCAGGGCAGGCAAUGAGAAGGAUGAUGAUGAAGCUGAUACUGUUGGUUGUUGCACGUUGAAAGUAGAGAAUGUAGAGCCAGUACCUCCAAACACUUUGAAGUUUGACUUCCUUGGUAAAGAUUCAAUUAGAUACCAAAAUGAUGUUGCAGUUGAACUUCCUGUGUUUAAGGCAAUUCAGCAGUUCCGAACUGGAAAGAGAGGCAGUGAUGAUCUUUUUGACAAGCUAGAUACCAGCAAACUAAAUGCUCAUCUGAAGGAACUUAUGCCUGGCCUCACAGCCAAAGUUUUCCGUACCUAUAAUGCAUCUAUCACUUUGGAUGACAUGUUGAGUAGGGAAACAAGAGGUGGAGAUGUUCCUGAGAAGGUUGUAGUUUAUCAGCAUGCAAACAAAGAGGUUGCUAUCAUUUGUAAUCAUCAGCGUACGGUAUCAAAGACUCACUCAGCACAGAUAUCAAGGUUGAAUGAGAAGAUCGACGAAUUGAAGGCCGCUCUGGACGAGCUUAGAACAGAUUUAGCUCGGGCGAAGAAAGGGAAGCCCCCUUUGAAGGGUGCUGAUGGGAAGCAGAAGAAGAACCUGAACCCAGAAGCGUUGGAGAGAAAGAUUGCCCAAACCACAGUGAAGAUCGAGAAAAUGGAGCGGGAUAAGGAAACCAAAGAAGACUUGAAAACAGUCGCGUUGGGCACCUCGAAGAUCAACUAUCUCGACCCUCGCAUCACAGUCGCCUGGUGCAAGCGACACGAAGUCCCGAUCGAGAAGAUCUUCAACAAGUCUCUUCUGGCGAAGUUCGCUUGGGCAAUGGACAUCGAUCCAACCUUCAGAUUCUGAGUUCUUACUAUCAUCACACUCUGUUAGUCUUUCCAACAUAUUUCCCUUUUCUUUCCUUUUCUUCUUCUUUUAAUGUUUCAGAGGAAAGCUUUUUAACUGUUGUAUUCAGCACCUGAAUGGCUGCAGCCUCAAAUUAUUAUUAUUGGGGGAUGUAUUGUCCCUUCACACC